GCUGUUCGGGAGUGAGAGACUAGAACAGAGCAUUAGGACCCUGCAGACACUGGGAGGAGAGUCACAUGGGUCGGAAGGGAAGCAAGUUAGGAAUGGGGGCUUGAAGGAGACAUCCAGCUGGUAACCUAUACAACGUGGGACUUUUCCAUACUCAAAGAAGCCAGGCUGCUACAUAAUUACUGUAAGGCAAUCUGGUGUCCUUGAGUAAAACCAUGACUUCAGAAGCGACUGUGAGUACUCCAGGAGCAAACCUACCUAAGCCUGCCUAUAAGGAAUACUACUGGCUGCGGUCAUUUGUAGCAGGAGGGGUGGCCAGCUGUUGUGCCAAAACAACUAUUGCACCUUUGGAUAGGAUCAAGAUCUUACUUCAAGCUCAGAAUGUUCAUUACAGGCACUUGGGGAUAUUGGCCACGGCAUUUGCAGUGCGAAAGAAGGAAGGGUUCCUUGGCUUAUAUAAAGGAAAUGGAGCCAUGAUGGUCCGAAUUUUUCCAUAUGGUGCUAUACAGUUUAUGGCAUUUGACAAAUACAAAAAGAUUAUAAGAAAAAAGAAAAAAAAUUUUGAACACAUGUCCAGAUUAAUGGCUGGAUCCAUGGCUGGUAUAACUGCUGUUAUCUUCACAUACCCUUUGGACAUGGUCAGAGCUCGGCUUGCAUUUCAAGUAAAAGGAGAACACAGAUACAAUGGAAUUAUCCAUGCCUUCAAAACAAUAUAUUUAAAGGAAGGAGGUUUCCGUGGAUACUACAGGGGACUUGUGCCCACCAUUGUAGGAAUGGCCCCCUAUGCAGGGUUUUCUUUUUUCACCUUUGAGACUUUGAAGACAACUGGGCUGAGACAUGCCCCGGAACUGCUUGGGAAGCCAUCAUCUGAUAACCCGGAUGUCAUGGUUCUGAAGACACAUGCCAGCUUACUCUGUGGUGGCAUUGCAGGUGCUAUUGCACAGAGCAUCUCUUACCCUUUGGAUGUGACUCGUCGGCGUAUGCAGUUAUCAGCCAUAUUACCAGAUUCAGACAAGUGCCGGACCAUGCUCCAGACCCUGAAAUAUGUCUGCAUGCAGCAUGGAAUAAGAAGAGGUCUGUACCGUGGCUUAUCCCUGAAUUACAUCCGAUGCAUUCCUUCUCAGGCUGUGGCCUUUACAACCUAUGAAUUCAUGCGACAGGUUUUGCACUUGAACUAGAAUCUUAUCGCUCAUUCGCACAGUAUUAAUAAACUGCAGCCAACCAUGUACAGUGUAAUAUAUUCUGCUAAUAGACCCCAGUGAAUCUUUCCCAGCACCCACUUCAGUGUCUGCUCGUUCACGAGGUUUGUCUGGGUGGGUCUGUCGGAAGCAGAAAUUUCUUUUGUAAAAUAGAAGUGUUCUUUUGUAUUAUACUUUUUGGGAGUGUGUGAUUUUAUAAAAAGUUUAUUUUAGGGUAUUUAAUGUGUAACAUAAUUUUUAGAAUACUAAAGCAGAUGGGUGA